AUGGGUGCACAGCUGUUCAGCUCAGCUGGGGGAAACCUGAUCAGGACCAGUAUAAGUCCAGCUACCCACACCAUUAUGCCAGCAGCUGGUACCGGCACACAGCAGAUUGUUCUGCCAUCUGGUCAGACGGUCAUCCAUCGACAGACCAGCACCACACAGGGUGGCAUCACAAAGAAUGUAGUGCUCAGGCCACUGAACCCCACUAUGUCACCGGUUAUUUACCAGAGUGGGCAGACUGGGUCGCUGAUUCAUUCGCAGCCAACCCUUAUAACUUCAUCAGGUGGAGGGCUACAGGUGGUUAACACAGGAAGGAACCAGGGUGGUCAGGUACAACUGAUCACCCAUCCGAACAUCGGCCAAACUGGCAUAGGGCACCAACAGCUGAUGAAUCUGCUCAGUAGUCAUGGUAUCAUAUCUAACACAGGAAACCAAAUAGCUGGACUCGUGCCUGGUCAGAACAUUGUGAUCAAUGGUCAAGUACUUAACAUCAGCCAGCUUGGUGGUUUGAGUGUCCCUCAACUACAGGUACAACACAACCCACAGAGCGGGGUCACUCUUGCUGCACAUUUUCAACCAACUGCCCAGCAGGUCAUCAUUCAGCAUAACAGUCAGCAGCAGCAGCAGCAACAACACAGCCUGCAACAACCAAAGAGCACACAGUCACCUUCAGGUGUAGCCAACAUUGUCCCAUCUCAAAGAUCAAGUUCUGGUUUGAUGGGGAGCAAAAAUGUGCUGACCCCAACCUCAAACAUAAACUCAUGCUCAUCAACUCCAACUCCAUCCACUCCUACGCCGACACGGACACCUGACAUCAUGUCAGAUGCCUGUGACAUGGGAGGUAAAACUAGCCAGAGUAUCAAUAUUUUGGAGCAGGCAUUGGCCCUAUCUGCUAUAGACCUACAGUCUCUGGGUGACGACAUCAACUUUUUGGAUAAUAUGGACUGCUUCCCAUCUGUUCCCACCCCGCCAGCUUCUGUCACUCCGCUGCCACCUGUUUCAAAACCCAAGCCAUCUACAACCAAGGCUAAAUCAAAAACCACAAAAACUAAGCCAAAAAUUAUUCAACCAGUUGUGAAUGUAACUGUAAAUAGUGUGCAGUUGCAGCAGCCAACCACUCAGUUUCAGAAUGCACUAGGUCAGAAGGUCACUAUUAACCCACAGCAGAAAAUUAUAACCGCAGACGGGCAGGUCUUUGUUCUUUCUGCGAAUGGCCAACAGUUUAUUCUUCAACCUUCCCCUAGUUCUGCUGCAGUAGCAGUUUCAACAGUAAAGUCAGAAGCAGCUGUUACCUCAACAAAAGGCAGUGUUAGCACUGCAGGCAUCAGUAUUUCACUUGCUUCCCAGCUGCAAAUGAAAGACCUUAACCAAAGAUCAAAUCUUGACAGACAGUUUAAACUGAGUCCCAGCGGCACACCUAUGUCAUUAAAACAGAGGCAUAUGCCAAUAACAUCAGUUGCUCAGCCAGACAGGAUUUUUAUCAAGGCUAGCACAGACAGUACUGGGCAGUUGAAAACUGAGUCAGGUGGGCAGUUAGUAGCUGCUGCUCUGGUCCCAUACACCACAGUGACCACUGUUCAUAAUUCUCCAUCCCUGGUUCCACAAUUUCAGGCUUCAGCAAAUUUUAAUGGCAUGCAUAGCUUUCAGCUAACAAAUCAAAAGAUAACUACGCUCAGUGGCACAUUUCUCAAACAAGAGCCAGUAGAACAGGUCAAGGAAGAGCCUGUUACUGAACUGGAACAUUGUGUCUCACAGGCUCCAGAUGCAGAAAGUUUGUCACUGCCAGGGAUGAAUCUCUUCCGCACAUCGUUAGCCACAACUACCACAACUAUAAUUGCCAUAUCCACACCUCUAGUGAUUUCAUCUGCGUCAUUCACAGCCAUGACCACCACACAGUCACAUCAAACCACCAUCAUGAGCACAGCACAGAUGAAGGCUUCUCGGCAGACAUCCGUCUCUUCCGCCAGCUCUCAUCUGUCAUGUUCUUCAAAUCCUAAAGAAAGAGAUCCAGCAAACAUCAAAUCUAUGAUCCCUAUCAAGAUUGCUGACUCCACUGUGAUGCUGAGCUUAACUCCAGGAGAGAAGGAGAGAUUUGAGAAUCAGCUUUCCCAUAUGAGCAAAAAGGACCAGGAAGAAUUCUUGAUACAUCAGCAGAACAUCAUCCGUCGCACCCAGCAAGUGCAGCAGAAACAGCUGGAGCAGCAAAAGAAGCUAAUUCAGCAGCAGCAGCUUCACCAGGUCCAACAACAGCAACAUUGCCAACAACAACCUGAAGAGUUUCAGCAAUUGGAACAAGGAGAGCAGCCAAGACUAACUCCAAAGUUGCAAUUGCAACAUUUACAACUACAGCAGCAAUCACAGCAAAUGCAGCAUCAGUCACAACCCCCACUGCAGCAGCAGCAGACAACACAUCCUCCCGUCGUCAGUGCAAGUGCCCACAUCACUAGAUCAGAACAGACAUCAUCAUCAUCAGUAUCACAAACAGGGCAAGCUGCUAAAGGAUUCCCUACUACAGUACAA